UCAAGCAUGUCAGUGGACUCACAGCAUGGUAUAAAUAUGAAGUAUUACUCUGCAGUUAGGGGUGGAGGUAGCCCUUGCUGAAAUUUAUUUAUUCUAUCAUAAAUCAACAUUUGGUCAGGUGUAGUCAUAAAAAGGAGAAAGGAGUGUUGAGAAAGCCUGUCCCCUGUUAAAAAUUUUUCAGGAGAUUGAAAUGCUGGCUCACCUGUGGUUUUGGUGCAUGUGUUGACUCUGAGUCUAGUACUGGUUACUGCAAUUGAUGGGGUGGCUUAUAAAUAGAAUGACUUCUAUAGGUUAGUAUUUCACCAUACAGACGGAAUCAAAGAGGUAAAAAAUCCAAGGAUCUAAUCCAGUAUAAUAACAUUUUGCAAAAUCUAUCAAAUUCACAGCAAGUGACAAGCAGAAAAGCUACUGAGCGAGGUGGAAAAUGAAAUUAGAGGGAAUUAUAUUGUCCCUUGUUUAUCUAACUAGUUGUUUCACUUAACAGGGCAGACAAACGUUUUAUCUGAGCCCUUAGCACAAGCUUAGGCUGAGUUGUGUUCCCCUGCUCUCCCCAGCCAUAUUGUCCGCAGAAAUGGAGUGCCCUUCAUCCUAUUUUGAUAAAGCAGUGUUCUGCUGGAGGUGUGUUUGCUCCCUCAUUUGUAUGCUGUAGAAGACAUCUUAUCCCUUUAUAUAUUUAUUUAUUUAUUUAUUUAUUUAUUUAUUUGUAUUUGUUUUCCUUUUGCUGCCAUAUACACAAUAGAUUGUUGUUUGUUUGAAAGAUUUAAACAUCUGGAAGAGACUGGGGAGAGUAAUGUCUUUGUCCAUAGGUUAGAUGUGGGGCUGCAGGUCCUUUCCAAAGUGAAAUGUUAUAUGCCAUCUACUGUGAUGCUGGUUUGUAUACUUGAGAAUUUUGGUGUGGGAAGGGCAAUUAAUACUAAUUAAUGCUAAUUCAAGCAGCUGGAUAAAACAACUAUGGCUGAAACUAGUGCAAGGCAAACAUAGAUUUAUUUCUCUGAGUAGCUCUGUAGUUGGUUCCCAUGGAGGUAACACCAUGUUCAAAUCUUGGAAGUAAACAUUUAUAUGAAAUAAUCUUAUCUGACCUCUGUCGAAUAGUGAGAGGAAUUGUUUUUUUACUAAAACAUGUCAGUAUGUGAUGCACAUGGGGCAGAGCUCAAACUGAAAUUGAGUUUUCCUGUAAUGUAAGCUUUGUCAUGUUAUUUGGACACCAACAAACCUGGUUAUAGCCUGAAUCUAGACAACAGGCUAUCCCAGAUGAAAAGAGUAAGUAGAAAACAGGAGAGAGAAAAAAAAAACAAACCCAAAAACGGAAAGGCUAGGCUCUUCUAUUGCUGCCCCUUUUGCAGUGAGUGCAAGGUUACUCUGCAAGGAACCUUUGUGGCUUUUACCAGACUAUUUGCAGAUCGGUGCCGUAGCCACAGAAGAGCCGUUCUUGUGUUCUGGCUCAGUCUGCUGCAAACUAUCCCACAAGAUUAGCCAGGCACUCCUGGAUUUGAAACAGAACUGCAAGUGAGUGACAGCGAACUAAGCAUGGGGUGGAGUCUGGUAGCAGCAGAUCCUUCAGCUCCACUGCUGCAGUCAGAGAAAGAUUUUUCCUUUGAAGAUAAGACACAUGGGGCUUUUGUAGAAACUUAGUAUGCCCCACGUUGUGCAGCUGUUAUCACAAUUUAAAAAUGAAAAAAAACAAUAAAAGGCAGAGAAAGGCAAAGCAUCUGCCUCUUCUGUAUACCACCAAAAAUUCCUCCAAAUGCUAAACCCCAGACCGUCACUUUUCAUUCCACAGUUAUAUUGCUUGCGAAUCCUUUGUGUGAGGCUUUGAGCCAGAGCAGCCUCUGAGGGUGUGGAUGUGGAUGUGUGAGUGAGAGUGCGAGAGUAUUCAGUGUCGUAACGUGGCAGGGCACAGGCAGUUAUGAAACUUCGCAAUAAAGUCUCAGUGCGUCAGUGCUGGUUACUUAGGUUUGGUGUUUUGGUUUUCUUUUUUUGCUGCCCGUUGCCCUGCUGUUUUGUUUCCAUCUAUGAGCGCAGGAAGAGGGGGGAGAGGUUGGGAAAUGCUGCAAGACCCCCCCCCCCCAGUCUGCUGGAGGAGCCAAGCAGUUCCUGUGACAGGUGGAGCACCGCAGUGCUGAGCGAGAUUCCCGGGACAUGGUGCCCGGGGCCACGGCGCAGGGUAGCCUUCACACUUGGGGCAGCUGUGGUUACAAGGGGCCCCUUCAAUGUGCUGCAGCAGCAGCCAGAAGUUUGACUUAUUUUUUGAAAGGACUGGAGAAAUUAUUAACCACAGUUGAUGACGUCAGAGUUGAUCUGAUUAAAGGUUUGUUUUCUUGCUGGCAGAGGUGUGCUCCGUAGAGACUGGUUCUCUCUUCUCUUUUUUUUAAGUUUCUUUUUUGAACAGCAAACGGAGGGAACUGCUCGCACUGCUGCCGCUGCUCCAGCUGCGUGUGUAUGUGUGUAAACAGGAUGGUGUAUCUGUAGCUGCCACACGCAAACACACAUUUGACCAUGAGGACUCUUCGCAGGUUGAAGUUCAUGAGUUCGCCCAGCCUCAGUGAUCUGGGCAAGAGAGAGCAGGCAGCCUUGGAUGAGCGGGGGACCCAGCAGCGCCGGGCCUGCUCCAACGCUACCUGGAACAGUAUCCACAAUGGAGUGAUAGCAGUAUUCCAGCGCAAGGGUCUCCCAGACCAUGAGCUGUACAACCUCAAUGAAGGAGUCAGGCAAUUACUGAAAACAGAACUGGGAUCAUUUUUCACUGAGUAUCUGCAGAAUCAGCUGCUCACAAAAGGCAUGGUGAUCCUAAGGGACAAGAUCCGAUUUUAUGAAGGGCAGAAGCUACUGGAUACCUUAGCUGAAACCUGGGAUUUUUUCUUCAGUGAUGUCCUGCCCAUGCUGCAGGCUAUUUUCUAUCCUGUGCAGGGAAAGGAGCCCUCAGUUCGGCAAUUGGCUCUUCUGCAUUUUAGGAAUAUAAUUACCCUCAAUAUCAAAUUGGAAGAUGCAUUAUCCCGUUCCAGAGCCAGAGUUCCACCCUCUAUUAUUCAGAUGCUGUUAAUACUUCAGGGGGUUCAUGAGUCAAAAGGUGUGUCUGAAGAUUAUUUGAAACUGGAAUCCCUGAUCCAGAAAGUUGUUUCACCUUACUUGGGCACGUAUGGUCUGUAUUCCAGUGACGGACCCUUCACGCACUCUGCCUGUAUCUUGGAGAAGCGGUUCUUCAGACGUUCCAAGUCGGGUGACAUCCUUGCCAAGAACCCCGUGGUGCGAUCCAAGAGCUACAACAAUCCACUGCUGACACCGGUGGCCGAGUAUGAAACCGAGAGCAUGGCUGCCAACGGAACCGGCAUCCGAAGGCACUCUGUCUCAGAAAUGACCUCCUGCUUGGAGCUCCAGGGGUACUCCAACCUCACCACCAUCAUGGACAACGGUUCCAAGAGCUCCAUGACAACCACGAAAAGCUCACUGCCAGGAGACCAGGAGAGGCCCAGCACUGGGUCAGUGCAGUGCUCCAGCAAACUCAGCACAGCUGAGCAACAGAAAGGACUCUUCCACUCAAUUGGCAGCCCACACAGGUCUUUUGAGCUAGACAGAGACACUUCCUUACUUCCAGUUCCCUCUUCCAGCCCUGAGAACAUAGUGGAUCAGAUUUUGGAGUCCAUCGACUCUGAUUCUGAAGGCAUUUUCAUUGAUUUUGGCCGAGGCUGUUCCAAUUCAUCAGCAUACAGUGUGGAUAUGAACAGACAGAGCAUUGUGUGAAGGAUAUUAGGAGAUAAACUGUGGGGUUUAGUAUUACAUAUGAGAGUUAUCAGACAGUGUGUCGGACUGUGAGCAAGCUGUCUGGGCAGGUUUAAGGCAGAUUUGCCAGGUCAUCAUGGCUGUACUGAACAAACAGUUUAUAGCAGGUGGGAAUCUGCUGAGGGGGAAGCAACUCCAACUGCUUUUCCCCAUCCCUGUCGCCCUGCAGAUGGAUUUCCUAUUUCUUUAUAAACUUAGGGGUUCACAAACUCACAAGUGUCUGGUGAUAAAAUACUAUUAGUGCAGCUGGCAGAGUUUGUUCAGGAAAACAGCUCAGCAAAUAGCUGUGCUCACUUCUAAUUUUCUAAAGAGGUUUCCUGCAGAUGGUAGGUUGUUCUCUGAAGCGUAACACCUCAGCCAGAGUAGAAACAUAUCCUUUAAAAACAAACAAAUAAAUACAAAAGGCUUUUGUCUUUCAUGCCACAGAAUACAAUAAUAAAGAAGUCUCUUUUAAUCUUUUUCUUGUACGUCCUUGUAUGCACUCCUUUGCCUAAUGGUGACUUAGAGUUCUUGAAGAAAGGCAAAUAAACAGAAAUAUGCUUCCUGAUGUCACAGGAUGCCUAGUGUCUCAUUU